GACUGUUAUGUCAUGAAACCAGUUGAAGCUGCGUUCCCUAUUUAUUGAAUGUAACCGCCCAAUUAAAUACUUCGCAUGCUCGUAGGGUUAUGGUGUGUCUUUAAAGAACACUUUAAGCGGGCUGAUACUGCACUGAGUGUUGAGUGUCAAACCCGUGAUAAAAUAAAUUGACAAUCUUUGAUAGGCCUAUGGAUUUAUCAAUGCCGUGCUUGGUCAAAGUACUGUUGUAAUCCGGACCGAGGACGCAAGCUUUUUUGCCGAGUCGGAGGGGAGCGAGUGAAAGCGUUCGAAAGACACGGACUACAUUACAGAGAUAAACAGACAGUGGAAUCGAGGGGAGAUCCCUCAGUCCAACUAUGGUGCCUCUAUGGCUGUUUACAGCUAGCUUUGUUGGAGUUUUACUUCCAGAUGGAGCUGUAACAGGAAGCAUUUUACGCUGUGCCCAUUUCAACAGAACCACACAAAUACAGUACCCGGACAUCACUGUGACCUUGACCUCUGAUGGUAUACCUGUCGUCAAAAACCAUGUCACAGUCCAGUGUCAGGACGAAAACCAUUUCUGUUACACAACCUGGAACAGGAACAAAACGACAGGACAGGUUACGUCGUUCAACCAAGGCUGUAUUAGCGGUGAGAAGAUGUCCCACACCUGCCUCAACUACCAGUACUGUGCCAGUCAAAUAGAAACAAUCGCUGACUUCAAGAUCUGCUGUUGCCAUGGACACACCUGUAACAAUUACUUCAGUGAAGCCCAGUUUGAAGUAGGGAAGCGUGAAAAUCAAAUGUUAAGUGACCAAGCUCAGAAACCAGCAAUAAAGGAGAAAACAGCUUCACCAGUGGACACAGAGGAAUACACAUAUUGUGCUUAUUACGAUGGUGACAGUAAUCAGAGGACAGGGGGGGCGAUGAAGAAUGACUCGCUCUCACUCAACGACUACGUUAUGCAGGAUGGUAAGACAGUGCGCUGCUCGAAAAAAGAUUCCUGCUACACAUUGUGGUACGGUGCUACGAACGACACCGAGGCCACCAUCAACAGACAGGGCUGUUGGCGAACAUCUUGUGAAAUGGAAGAAUGUUUUUCAAACCAUCCAAUCAAACUACUGGAAAAGAAAGACUACAAAUUCUGUUGUUGCCGUGGAGACAUGUGUAACACAAACUUCUCCGAUAUCUACGAUCCGAACCAACACACAACACAGGACCCCAUGCUUCCUGCAGCCCACCUACUCGACACGGAGACAUAUCAGCUAUACAAGCAGAAGACAAUUAUUAUCUCCAUGGUUUCCGUGUGUUCCGUUGCUCUCAUCACCAUAGGCAUCUUCUUGCUCUACAAACUAUUCCCCGGCGCUCGCAAGCCUCCUACUGAUUUACUGGCCGAGGUGGAAGCUCCGCCCUCUUCAGGGCUCGAUCUCAGUACCCUCAAACUCUGCACCCAGAUUUGUCAUGGUCGCUAUGGUGAUGUGUGGAGUGGAUUCUUGGGAGAGUCACCUGUGGCUGUGAAAAUUUAUUCUUCAAACCACAAACAGAUAUACUUAAGUGAGAAAUCCAUUUACACUUUACCAUUCUUUGAACAUGAAAAUUUAUUAAAAUUUUAUGGAGGAGAUGAACAGAUACUUGAUGGGACAACCCAGUAUUUGUUAAUUCUGUCCUAUAUCCCACUUGGGGCACUCCACGGAUACCUCAAAACAAAUACUAUUGAUUGGUCAACUUUCUGCAAAAUGUGCCUCACUAUCGCCAAAGGACUAACUCAUCUACACUCUGACAUCAGAAAGGGAGAUUUAUUUAAGCCAUCGGUUGCUCAUCGUGACAUCAACUCCAGAAAUAUCCUGGUGAACUACGACCUUAGCUGUGUUAUUGCAGACUUCGGCUUCGGGAUUACAAUGAUGGGCUCCAAAAUCAUCCGCAACGGUCACUACGAAAAUGCUGAACAUUCUUCACUACAGGACGUUGGGACGCUUCGAUACAUGGCUCCAGAACUUUUGGAUGGUGCAGCCAAUCUUCGCGAGUCGGAAUCCUCCCUCAAACAGAUCGACAUGUACGCCUUUGGCCUGGUCAUAUGGGAAAUGUCAUCACGUUGUUCAGAUUUAUUCCAAGGAGUCCCCACACCUGACUACAUGCUGCCGUUCCAGAAAGAGGCUGGGAACCAUCCAACGUUUGAGGAGAUGCAAAUUCUUGUUUCUCGUAACAAAGUGCGGCCAAAGUUUCCCGCAGUAUGGAAGGAUUAUAAUCAGGCUAUCAGGGCGUUAAAGGAGACGAUUGAAGACUGUUGGGACCAUGAUGCUGAGGCGAGAUUGACGGCCAUGUGUGUGGAGGAGCGUGUCUCUGACCUUAUGACCUUGUGGUGCCAGGAUUCUAAACACAAAGGUAUGACGCCUACCAUCACGACCACCAGUAAUUUGUUUGAGCCGUUGCCCACAGACACUGUCGACCAGCAGGUGGAAGGGCACCAAAGUCAAUGUCACUUAGCCAACGGACAUGCCACCACGGGACUGAGAGAGCAGAUUCCCAACACGCAGUCCGACAGCAGCACCGCCCACCUUCUUGUGUCGUCCCCGCCCAAUAGCUACAUCAGCAGCGACAUGGUCAGUCAGCGCCCACCGUCAUGGCGACAAGAUUGGGGAAUGUCCUCAUCUACAACGGACACCAUAUUGUCGCCAUCUGAAGGUGAAGUUCCGCUACCACCACAGAAGCUCAUGAAUGUAGCGAUGGACAAAAAUCAAACUGUCCUGCGUCCACACCAAGGCAGAAAUCCAACAGUGGAGAGGAAUACACAUAAACGUAGCGAUGAGGAACUGGCCGUAUCAGGAAAUCAGCUUGUGUACGGGGGUGACAAGCGUCUCGUUGAGACUGUUCAAAACGCCCCAUCUAACAUACAAAAUGAUGACACGUCAUUCGACGGAUUCAGUGACAAUUUGGAAACUUCCCUUGUGCAAAAUGACGUAUUGAAUCACCACCGCUCACAUCCCAUAUCGUACGUCCAGAAUCAAGUUCAUGGUGACAAUCAUCCAGUGAGGCCAAAGGUCGCGAACGUACCAGUAAACAACCCUCAGCCUGGUGCAAGUCGAAAUGUGGAGCCCAAAUCUCAUAAAAGUAAGCUCAGCAAGUUGAUGAGUGCAAGAGAAUUAGGGAGUAAGCUUGGCCAGCUCAGUUUGCUGUCAAAGAUUGUGACAAGAGGUUCUGACAAAAAGGACACUGACAGAGACAGUGCGAGAAACAGCAAGGAAAACAUGUCGCAUGUUAACGGAAAUUUUGAUAAUUCAAGUGUAUGUGCAAGUGCAAGUUCAGCUUCAAGGUCAAAUGCAAAUAGGCCUAGUUCACAUUCUUCAAAUUCCACCAAGAGUUAUGGACAUAAUGACAACACAAAUGUCAAUAUCAACAGAGCUGUUCCGACCGAGGUUCAGAUGAGGAAGGGAAACCCUGUAGUACGACCUUUGCACUUGAAUAUUUCUCACUCUGACGAGACUCAUUCUGGAAGGUCAUCUCGAAACUGUGCACAACCAGAAAGUCGUCUCGGAAUGGCAGAAAUUGGAGUGGCAAAACUUGAAAUGGUGCCACAGCGUGCUCACCAAUCCAUUGUAAAAAUUAGAAAAGGACCAUAUUCCAAGAGCACUUCUGAUCUUAGUCCUCAAAAGGCAUGCAAGUCAAAGCGAUGGAGUGAAACAGGGUUUGGAGAGGAGGAGGGAGAAGAAAAUGUGGAAAAAGGGAUUCUUAACUUUAAAAGGCCGGAUUCGCUUUCAUUAAAGGGACAUAACUACACGUCACAAAAAAACUUGGGGGAAUCAAAAACUUGCUCAGAUCUGAGUCUCCUGGUGGAGAAUUCCAAAAUGGAGGACUGUAAUGGGGUUUUCCUGAUAGAACCCAAGACCAAGAUCAAACACAGGGUCAAGACUCCAUUGUCUUUGAAACAUGGACGGUUUUCACUGUAUGAUGAUAGACUGAUGACAAAAUAUUUUAUGGAGCAUCCCGAGCUCAUACAGGACAAGGUUUGUAAGUCUAGUGCCAGUCUGCAGGAGCUUAUGUUAUUGGACAGAAAUGCCAAUUCCUUCAUGGCCGCAGACCACAACUGUUAGUGCUUUGUGUAGUAGUGAAAAUGUGUCGGUAAGUCGGGCAAAGAAUGCAUUGGAAAGUCAAGAUUGUCACGGUCGUUGAAUAGUAUUAAUUGCGGUAAUCUCAGUGUGGCAUUACAUUUUCAGUGUUUCUGAAUUUGAACUGUAUGUGAUUGUAGAAUUCUUAAAGAUAUCCAAUCACUUUUCUAAUUGUGCAAUUAAAACAGUCAUCUUGUAAUGGUGUGUCUGUGAAUAAGGGUCCUGUGUUUUAUGUUGGAUCACCUAAAUGGUAUAUACUACUCUUUAAUGGCUGAUUGUAAAUGGCUUUUCUCAAUGGGAAGUUGAAAUAAGCUGAAAAGGCAUUUUGAUAGACAGGAGAUUGUUGGCUUUGUAAUGCUGCAAGUGAAUCAGUAGAUUAAAAUUAAAUUUGUAUCACUGGAAGGUUGUAAAUAGUAUUCGUUUUGAACAAAGUAAGGAUUUUUUUCCCCAUUUUUCUUUGUCCUUAUAUUUGUUAAGUUUUCUUUUCUGUUUGUAAUUGGACAACAACAUCAUAAUUUUACCAGGCAAAUUUUUGGCUUUUUGACAAAUAUAAUACCCAAACAAAAUACUAGUAAAUUGUUCAGAUUUGCCUAUAGUCCACUGUAUUCAACCUACUAAACCGGCCCCUGUCUCCAACCCCUACUAACCCCACCCCCUACUAUCCCCACCCCCUACU